GCUGUGAACGCUACAGGAAUAUUGUGGGACGUUAUUAUGGAGGGCUCUGUGUCCAAUUUAGAGAUCUGUAAUUUGGCCUACACGGGCAAAAUUGAGCAACUGAAAAAAUGUAUUUUGUCUGACAGAAGUCUGGCAGCGAGAACAGAUCAGGACCACAGGACUGCUUUGCACUGGGCAUGUUCAGCUGGACAUGCACAUAUCGUACAGUUUCUUUUGGAUCUUGGUGUUGAGGUGGAUAUUAAGGAUGAUGCGUCUUGGACUCCUCUGCACAUUGCAGCUUCUGCAGGAAGAGAGGAGAUUGUUAGAUCUCUGAUAGGCAGAGGAGCACAACUCAAUUCAGUCAACCAAAAUGGGUGCACCCCAUUACAUUAUGCAGCAUCAAAGGAUAAAUAUGAGAUAGCCGUGCUUUUGCUGGAAAAUGGUGCUGACCCUAAUGCCACAGAUAAACUAGAAUCCACACCCCUACACCGAGCCUCAGCAAAGGGGAACUAUCGUCUCAUCCAACUUCUCUUAAAACAGAGUGCUUCUACUAAUAUUCAGGACUCUGAGGGCAACACACCCCUCCAUCUUGCAUGUGAUGAGGAGCGAGUAGAGGCUGCAAAGCUCUUAGUCGAACAUGGUGCCAGCAUUUACAUUGAGAAUAAGGAUGAAAAGACACCUUUACAGAUUGCCAAAGGUGGACUUGGUAAUAUUCUUCGGAGGAUUGUAGAAGGCUGAAGUGAUUAUGAGAAGGUUUGUGCAUCAGCUGCUUCAGGCUGGUCGGCUCUACAGAUGCGAGGAGCUUCUGUCCCAGAGUAUGGUGGACAGUGAACAAAAAGUGUUCAUGAAUUUAAAAUAAAACAAAAAACUAGAGCCUGGCCUUGAUUGUAUGUGGGAGUGAAGUUUGAAAAGUACAUGGUCGAUGUUUUUGAAAGAUUUUCCUCUUUUUUUUGUAUUUGUGGUUUAAUAAAAUAUGCGCUUCUCUUCAACAUUUAA